ACCCUUUUCUUCCCUCACACACUACUCUUUGUGUGCGUGUGUGUGGGUGUGACUAUUCAAUGGAGAGUAGCUCAGAAACGCCCCUUCUUACCGUUACAAAGAACGCUCACUUCAAUGGCGACGUGGAAGAUAUCUCUCCAAUCAACGGAAUAAAAGAUUUCUUUGUCCAAUUUAAAGUUGAAUCAAAAAAACUUUGGUACCUUGCUGCCCCUGCCAUUUUCACUACUGUAAGUCAAUACUUACUCGGUGCCAUCACACAAACCCUCUUAGGUCAUGUUGGAACUCUCGAACUCGCAGCUUUCUCCAUUGAAAACUCAGUCAUCGCUGGUUUCUCUUUGGGAAUCUUGCUUGGAAUGGGCAGCGCAUUGGAGACUUUGUGUGGACAAGCAUUUGGAGCAGGUCAGGUGAAUAUGUUGGGAGAAUAUAUGCAGAGAUCGUGGGUUAUUCUCUUUGUCACUUCUCUCUUUUUGAUGUUCCUCUACAUCUUUGCGACUCCAAUACUCCUCUUCAUUGGACAAACUGAUGAUAUAUCUCACGCGGCUGGGAAGCUAGCCGUAUGGAUGAUUCCACAGCUGUUUGCUUACGCCUUCAACUUUCCAAUAAUCAAGUUUCUUCAGUCGCAGAGUAAGAUCAUGGUGAUGGCUUACAUAUCUGCGGUGGCGUUGGUGCUACAUACGUUUUUUAGCUGGUUGUUGAUGUUGAAGUUGGGAUGGGGGUUAUGGGGAGGAGCUAUAGUGCUCAACUCGUCAUGGUGGUUCAUGGUGAUUGCUCAGAUGAUUUAUAUUCUCAGUGGGACUUGUGGUGAAGCAUGGUCAGGGUUUAGUUGGGGCGCCUUCAGUAAUCUAUGGGCCUUCGUUAAACUUUCCCUUGCAUCAGCCGUCAUGCUUUGUUUGGAGACAUGGUAUUUUAUGGCAUUGGUACUUUUUGCUGGAUAUUUAAAGAAUGCUGAAACUUCAGUGGAUGCACUCUCCAUAUGCACAAACAUUUUAGGGGUGGCAAUAACGAUAGCUCUGGGAUUCAAUGCAGCCAUCAGUGUAAGGGUGUCAAAUGAGUUAGGAGCAUCCCAUCCCCAAACUGCGAAAUUCUCAGUUGUUGUGGUGGUGAUUACAUCCUUUUUGGUGGGUGUUUUGUUGGCUGCCCUCAUUGGCAUUUUCCGAAAUCAGUAUCCAGCCCUGUUUUCUGAUAGUCUUGAAGUUCAACAAAUCGUUUAUGAUCUUACUCCCUUGCUAGCAGCUUGCCUUAUCAUUAAUGAAGUUCAACCUGCACUAUCCGGGGUGGCAAUUGGGGCAGGAUGGCAAGGUGUGAUUGCUUAUAUAAAUAUAGCAUGCUACUACAUCUUUGGCGUUCCUUUGGGACUGACUCUGGGAUUUGUUGCCGAUUGGGGUGUAAAGGGUAUAUGGAUAGGCAUGUUGACUGGAACAGUGGUACAAACUGUGAUCUUGGUUUGGAUUUGCUACAAAACCAGCUGGGAAAAAGAGGCAGCCAUGGCUGAAAAGAGAAUUAGAAAAUGGUCGGGUCAAAAAGAGGUGGAUGUCGAGCAAUAAUUGGUUCAAUAAAGCUAAUUAAGGCGAGUAUUUUUCGUUUUAUGCAAAUGAUUGUUUUAAGUUGAUUCUUGUUGUAGGUACGUGUGUUGGCUUUUGUUUGCUUUAUAUUUCAGUUAUUAAAUUUUAUCCUUGUUUUAAUUUCAAAAGCAUGUAACUUCGGUAGAAUUCUCUAAUAGAAAGGAGAAAAUUUUCAGCAGAAAUAAAAUUUGACACC